UAUCCACAGGCAUGUUUGCCCGUCUUCACAGGCGCUUUGGGAGAGUUGAUGUUGAUGGAGAAGAGUCUAGAGUGAAGCAAACGAAACCUAAAAGUAAUGAUGGACACAGGACGUGGUCAUGUGGAAUGUGGAAGGCCUGCAGACAGGCGUCAUCCCCUGAAACUGUCCUAAACAAGAUGCAGGCCAAUGAGGAAGAGGAGAGGCUGGUUAGAGAGCUCGAGCUAACUACCAAGGAGAGAAAUGAGCUGACAGAUCGCCUCCUUUAUGUGACAGGUGGAUCCGUGAACAAGAGCCCCUACUUCAGGCCAAAUCCAUUUUAUGAAAAAUUGAAGAUAAUGGAGAAAGAGGUCAUGUCAUUACUGCACAACUUAGACACAAACAACAUUGAACAUCGUGAGAAAUUUCAGUAGCUCAAGAAGGAGAU